UAUUUAUUUUCUAUAUAACAAUGAGAAAGAUGAGUUCAUAAGAUCAUAUGCAUUUUCUUUCUUUUUACAAAACAUUUGAUUCUACUACAUUAAUAACAACAACAAAAGAGUUACAUAUAUAGUUUUGAUAUUACUGGUAGUUAUGGCGGAUUUAUUGAGUGGAGGUGCAGUUGGAGCUGGAAUGGGAGAAUUGCUGAAAUACGCUCUUCAUACAAUCCAAAAGGGUCGAGAAUUUGGUUCCACUCUUGAAGCAAGCAUAGAAACUUUGGAUGCUUUGGCUCCUUUGAUUAAAGAGAUGAAUGAUGUCAAUGAUUUGUCGGAUCGACCUAAAGAAGAGAUAGAGAGACUAGAGACUCUCUUAAGAGAAUGGGAACAGAUUGUAACAAAAAGCAAUAAGCUUACUUGGAAGAACUUUUUGUCUUUUCCAAGAUACCAAUCAAAGCUUCAGAAGCAACGUCAGAAGCUUGAGAGAUACUCGUCUGUUAAUGUUCAACUUGAGAAUAAAACUGAUUUGAUGAAGCUGAGGGAUAAGGUGGAUGAAAUUUUGAAGAGAAUGGUGAAUUCGGGUCAGUUUGAUGGGAAACAAAUAAGGGGUUUGUUUGGUGCUCCUGAAGAGCCUGAAUUUAUUGGAAUGGAUGAGCCUUUGAAUAAGUUGAAGUUUGAAUUGAUGAAGAAGGGUGCUUCUGUACUUGUUUUGACUGGUUUGGGUGGAUCUGGUAAAAGCACUCUUGCUAAGAAGCUCUGCUGGGAACCACAAAUCAAAGGCAAGUUUGGUGGAAACAUCUUCUUUGUUACCGUCUCAGAAACACCCAACUUGAAGAACAUUGUAAAGACACUAUUUGAAUAUUGCAAACUUCCGGUGCCUGACUUUAUAAACGACGAAGAUGCAAUUAACCGAUUGGGAAUUCUGCUGAGGCAAGUUGGUAGAUAUCCAAUAUUAUUAGUCUUGGAUGAUGUUUGGCCUGGCUCAGAAGGCCUUGUUGAGAAGUUCAAAUUCAAAUUGCCAGAUUAUAAGAUUUUGGUGACUUCAAAGGUUGCAUUUAAAAGAUUUGGCACCGUAUGCCAGUUGGAUCCACUUCUUCAUGAUCCUGCAGUGUCCCUUUUCCAUCACUUUGCUCAAUUGAAUCACAGAAGCUCAUACAUGCCUGAUAAAAAUCUUGUUGAUGAGAUAGUGAAAGCUUGUAAGGGUUCACCGUUGGCGCUUCAGGUUAUUGCUGGAUCACUCUGUAAGCAGCCUUUUGAGAAGUGGGAAAAAAUGAAGGAACGUUUAAAGAGUCAAUCCAUUCUGGAGUCUAAUAGCUAUUUUCACGAUAAUAGCACUGCCUUGCUCUGUUACCUUCAACAGAGUUUGGAUACGUUGGAGGAUAUCAAUGAGAAGGAGUGCUUCAUGGAUAUGGGACUAUUUCCUGAAGACCAGAGGAUUCCUAUUACUGUCCUCAUUGAUAUGUGGGCAGAACUGCAUGACCUAGAUGAAGAUGGUACUAAUGCAAUGGCCAUUGUCGAUGAUUUAGUCACCAGAAAUUUGAUUAAUGUCAUAGCUACAAGGAAAAUUGCAACAGAAACAGACAAGUACUACAAUAACCAUUAUGUCAUGCUGCAUGAUCUCCUCCGAGAACUAGCAAUCCAUCAAAGCAAAGUGGAAUCAUCUGUACAGAUAAAAAGACUGAUUAUUGACUUAAAAGGAGAUAAUCGUCCUGAUUGGUGGAUUGGACCAAAUCAGCAAGGAAUCAUUAGUCGUGUGUACUCAUUCAUCCGCGGAAUGUUGGUAAAACAGAAACAACUAAAGGUUGAUGCCCGCAUAUUGUCUAUAUCAACUGAUGAAACAUUUUCUUCGGAUUGGUGUGACAUGCAACCUGAUGAAGCUGAGGUUCUGGUUUUAAAUCUUCAGUCUGACCAGUACUCAUUACCGGAUUUCACAGACAAAAUGAGCAAACUGAAAGUUUUAAUAGUAACAAAUUACGGUUUCCAUCGUUCUGAAGUAACCAAGUUUGAGCUACUCGGUUCUUUAUCAAACUUGAAAAGAAUAAGGUUGGAGAAAGUUUCAGUCCCUUGCUUAUGCAGAAUGAAGAAUCUGCGAAAAUUAUCCCUUCAUAUGUGCAAUACAAGGGAUUCUUUUGAAAGCUGUUCUAUCCAAAUUUCAGAUGCUAUGCCGAAUCUUGUGGAGUUGAGCAUUGACUAUUGUAAUGAUUUGAUUAAAUUGCCUGAUGGAUUUUGUAACAUUACCACAUUGAAGAAGAUCAGUAUCACAAACUGCCACAAGCUUUCAGCAAUGCCUCAAGAUAUUGUGAAGUUGGAGAAUUUGGAAGUGCUAAGGCUUUGUUCCUGUUCUGAUUUAAAAGAGAUGUCAGAAUCUGUUGCAGGGCUUGGCAAGCUAAGUUGUCUUGACAUCUCAGACUGUGUGAGUCUUCGGAAAUUACCGAAUGAUAUUGGGGGCUUGCAAAAACUUGAGAAGCUCUACAUGAAGGGUUGCUCAAACUUGAUUGAAUUGCCUUCUUCUGUCAUAAAAUUUGGAAAUUUAAAGCAUAAAAUAUCUGUGCUAUGUGAUGAAGAAGGUGCUGCAUUAUGGGAACAAUAUCCUAACAUUCCCAAUCUAAAGAUAGAUAUGCCUAAAGUCGAGAUUAACUUAAAUUGGCUUCAUGGAACUCGUUCCUGAGUGUUGUUUCAUGAAGAAUAAGUGACACGAUCUUGUCCAUGUAAGCAAUGUUGCAACCUAUGAAGCACGGACACUCUUCGGAUUAGGCGUGUACCAGGACAUGUGUCGUGUCCGACACUGACACAUAAGUACACUGAAUUAUGUGAUUUUCUUAAAUUAUUAGUUGUGUCAGUGUGUCAGUGUCCGUGUCAUGUUCGGUGUCCGUAUCCGUAUCCGUGCUUCAUAGGUUGCAACACAUAUGUUUUCCUAUUUAUCAUAAUCUUGUCGAUAUAACUGUAGGGAACAAAGCAUGAGUUUGUGUUACUGUACAUGUAAUAUACUCAAUGUGUCCUCAAAGAUUAUUCCAUGUGUUAUUAUAGCAUGACUAUUAUUCUGUAAUAAACUAGCACAAUGUUUUCCCAUUCAUUUGAAGAGAAAAUAGGAUCUAUGUACAGCAGAGUUACCGUAUUCCAAAAUACUUGUUUGCAGA